AUGACGAGACCAUCUUCAUCGAGAGACAGCCUGCAUCUUGAACCCCCCAGGAAAAGCGUCGAACUGGAGGAUCCCGGUGCUCAUGAAUUAUCGUCAGAAGGCGAAGAUGAACACUUCUCAGAUGCCUCAGAGGGUCAAAAAAGACCCUCCAGACCAGUCACUCCCGUUUCUCCCAUUCCCAAGACACGCAUUGAAAAGGUCGAUGAUGAGCCACGAUAUGGCGAGGUCCCGGGCACGCCUGCAUACGAGAAGCGAAUGUUGGAUGCUGUGCCUGACGAGGUCGAGAUUGUCCCAGAAGGCCGCCUCAGUAAACGCUCCUCUCAGCUUCUCGAACCACCCACGACCCCAGGAGGCACUCUUAUACCACGUACUGUGGUCGAGAAGCUCGACCCCGAAUCCCCGAGCUAUGGUGAAAUUCCAAAGACUUCGGCCUAUCUACAGAGGCAAAUGGAUGCUGUCCCCGACGUCAUUCUGAAGAAUCCAGAGCCUGGAAGGAGGCACUACACUGAUGAUGGGGCGGGAGAUGGACAAAAAUCUUCUUCUUCCUCAGAUAUUCCAGUGCCAGAAACCGUCAUUACUCGGGUCGACAGUAUUCCCGCCCAUGGCGAGAUCCCAGGCACAGAAGCCCGUAAGAAGCGAACUCUCGAUGCUGCACCGGAUAUCAUCGAGAAUCAGGGCAGUGGAGCAGGGUCACCAAUUCUCGACAGAUCUAUGAAUUCCACAAGACGGAGAUCCGCUCUACAUGACAAUGAUGAUGGCAACGACCGUAAUGAUAACGACUUCGGAGAUGAGUUCGAUGAAUUUGAAGAAGGCGCAAAAGCUGGGGCUGAUGAUGACUUCGGGGACUUUGACGAUGGCUUUGAAGAACCUGAGGCUGUCGAGUCACCACCUCCUGUAUCUAUUUCUCAAUCAAGUUCUGUACCAGCCGACGCAUUCCCCCUGAUCGACUUCGGUGCCCUUUCAUCGGUACCAGAUUUCCUUGCUGCCGCACAAAUGCACCUAGACGUCAUGUUCCCGGCUUCCACAGCCGACUACUCCUCUCGAUUUCCACCACAAGAAACGAUAUCAGAUUUCUCACCCAUCUUCCCCUCUGACCGCUCACGCUCCCUCUGGAAGCAACUCAUCACACCACCUCCGCUCCAACCGCCGAAUUGGACGCAAUCGCGAAUCAGGCGGUUAUUCCUGGUUAGCCUUGGUGUACCGGUCGACCUCGACGAAAUUCUACCGCCAAGUAAGCAGAAGAAACUUGUUCUGCCGGACAUCAAUCUAGAACCCUCAGCACGCAAAUCGGAAGCCGAUAAGACAUUAGGUUCUCUUGCACGUCUCAAGGCACAAAGCGGUGCAAACGACUCAUCUGCCUCGAUCGACAGCACACAAUCAGGCGGCGUCAAAGAAGGCCAAAGAGUACCCCGCUCAAGGAAACCGAAAGGGCCCCCUCCGCCACCGGAGUUAGACCUAGCAGCUGUGAAACGACUCUGCGCUACUACCGAGGAAAAGCUUGAAGGCUUGACUGACGAAGAAUUGCAGAGGCAUGUGAAGGAAUUAAAUGAAUUAACAGCAAGAACAAGUGAAGUUCUGGAGUACUGGUUGAAAAGAAGGGAUGGAUUGGUUAAGGAGAAGGAAGCGUUUGAGGGUGUCAUUGAGAAUUUAGUAAGGCAUGCUAGGAGGGUGAGGAAAUAA